AUGACAACAUCAACGAUAACAGGCACACCAUGGCAUCCGGAAGACGAACAAGUUGAUUGUGCUAGUGUAAAAGCUUUGAGGCGCGAAAUGAAAAAAUGUAUAAAUGAGCUUAAAAAGUCUCCAUUUUAUCGUGAUUUUCAGAUCCAGUUUCAAAGUUCACCAAUUUCUAGACGUAUACAAAGACUUUUGGGAUCAAAGUCAAAGAUGCAGAUGGUAAUUUAUGGUAUUGGUAGUAUUUCAGAAUGCAAAUCGUCUCAGUUGCAGCUUAGCCUGGCAAUAUUAAUGAAAAAAGAUUUCAUUUGGGUUGGCGAGAUAGAAGUAUUUGAUCCCAUCCUUUCGAAAACUGAAAUCAAAGUUUUAGAAUCUCUUGAUUGUUUAGUCUUAUACGUCAACGAAGAAGGAAGGAGGCAAGCUCUGGAACCAACGAUGUUCUUCAUGCCACAUUGUGAUAUAGGGUUAUUCAAUAACCUCUUAGAAGCAAAUUGGAAACCAAACCUAUUAAGUAAUGUUUUCAUAUUUGGUAACAGUCUUGAUGGACACUUAGAGACGCUUUUCUAUGGAUGGGAGGAUAACACGAAAAGAAAAUUUAUCUGGCCUGUUUUGGGGCAUGUUUUGGCUGCAGAAACAUUUACAAAUGAGUUCAAAAUGAGAGCAAUUACUUAUGGUGGCUCUCAUAGAACUGGUAAAGUCUCUCAUUCGAAAAACAAAAAGAGAACUGGCAAAGAUACAAGUGAUUUCCAAGAAGACUGUGAGCAUUCCUUUUACGGCUUAGCUUGGCAUGUUUUCAGCCCUCUCACAGAAACAGUGAUGGGAUUGAUGAGAUGGUAUGUGAGGGAGGUAUUGUUCCGUCUAUGA